AACACACUGUCUUUCCUCUUUGAAGAGCUCAAGAAAACUUCAUCAUGAAACCUGGCCGGAGACAGCUUCUAGGUUUGGUCUUGGCCAUUUUCGGAGUCCUGGGGAGCAUCAUCAGCUGUGCUCUCCCCACAUGGAGAUCCCCUGAGUGGAGGAAAUCCGAGGGUUUGUGGAAGUCCUGUAACUUUGAUUAUAGUUACUAUCUACGACCAACAAUAGAGUGCAAAUCUCAUGAUUCUCUGCUGGCCUUACCUCAAGACCUGCAGGCUGCCAGAGUGCUCAUCGUCUUCGCCAUCAUUGUCGGGAUCUUUGGAGUCAUAGUUGGUGUUGUCGGGGGCAACUGCACCAACUUGGUGUCAAAUAAGAGGAAAAAUAGCAAAGUGGCUAUAGCUUCUGGAAUUAUCUUCAUCAUAUCAGGUGUCCUGGUGAUCAUUCCAAUCUGCUGGAGCACCAUCACAACUCUCACCAUGGCGAGAACGUCUUACUACGGACCUCCAUUGAUGGGAGCCUCACUCUACAUCGGCUGGGCAUCUGCAGGGCUGCUGUUACUGGGAGGAAGCCUCCUCUGCUUCUUUUGUUCAUGCAGUAAUGAGAAUGAAUACUCCAAACCUAGCUCUGUGUAAAAAUAUAUAAAUACUUCUAUAAACUAAAUAAAUUUAAAUGUAUACAGUCUCUAGGGAUCAAGAGAAAUGUUUUAGAAAAGCUUUACUGUAUUUUUCUUGACUGAGUAAAAAAAUAAAGCAUGGAAUGUGACCAAAACAGGCAAAAAUGUUUGCAGUGUAAUUGUGUAAAACAAAUAUUUCUUUUAGUCUCUUUUUAUAUUAUAUCAUAGGUAUAGAAACAGGGGUUUUUUCUAGGUAGUCUUCUUCAUUUCAACUUUCAAAAAAGUCUGACAGGGAAACCAAUGUUUUAAGUGUAGGUCAGGUCUGUGAUUACUCUUUCAUCACUGAACUGUUGAGUGCUGUCACUGAUUUGUAUCCACGGUGUGAAUAGUGUCCUCAUUUUUCUUUUCUUUUCCUUCUUUAUGUAAGAUUGCAUGCCAGUAAAAUUUUAUAAUAAGUGAUGGUGUAUAUUUACUUUUUUUAUCUGAUCAUGAUGGAUCUUUUUCUGUGAAGGUUUAAUAAACAUAAUCAGAAUGUGUUUGUGUUUAUGUAGAUCUCUCAUGAUUUAAAAGACUAAUGAGAAUUAAGGUUUUUUUUCAUUGAAGAUCAAGAGGAGAGGAAAAUAUUUUUAAUAAAGACAACACUGUUGAGCUUCAUUUUUUGCAUUUCUAAUUUACAGUGUAAAAUAUUUGUUGUAAAAACCAAGCAAUUAGUGUCUGUAUACGUGUGUGUCGGUCUGUGGUUACGCUUUAUCAUUCAAGCAAAAGGCUACAUGUACUGCAGGAAACACAUGUUCAUCAUAGUUAAUAAAUGUAGUUGCAUAUGCAGUCUAGUUCGACAUUAAAGAAAGUUAUUUUGUAAUACAUUAAACCACAAAUUAAAAAUCAUAUGAAAGAAGAGUCAGUUUUGAUUUUCUUUAUUACUUUGAAAGUGCUCCUAGGCAAAGCUAAACUAAACUGACAUUAAAUAGCAAACCACUGCCACAGAACAUUGAGCUGCUAUCUCCAAGUUGUCCUAUAAAUAGUUCAACCUACUUUCUGCGCUAAAUGAAAUGAAAUAACAUGUUAGUAUCAAAUCCAGCAUUCACAUGUGAAGACUGAUAACAUUUGUUUAAUGCUAAUGUUUUGUUCUA